AUGAAUGUGGUCAAUCCCGCUCUGGAUGUCCAUUCUACUCGGCAAAAGAAAAGAUGGGUCCAGCACAAUCCACGUCAACGAAAAGUGGCAUUAGCGAGUCUUCUAUUGUUCGGGUUCCCCCCCACCUCCGAUCUCCAGCUGUUAGCCCCACUCGUAUGCGGAAUGCAGACUGGUGCCGGCGCAAUCUUAAACACCCUCAAUGUGAGCACCGGAAGCUCUGCGACGAUCUUCGGAAGAGGCUGCCUUGGCCUUAGCGCGGUGAUGGCGGCCAGAAUUGGAGGUGCUCAAAUCAUUAUCGCGCCCGAGAGAUUUGGCUUUGGCCCGAGAAUUAAGAUCCAUCUAGGGCUACUAAUACCUUCUGUGGGGACGACCCUGAUAUAUAUUCGAAAGCAGAUUACAGAUCUUUGUGGGUCAUCUCUUGGAGUGGAUUUUGCGUUAGAUUGCUCAGGGGCUAUUCUUGUGAUCGAAACUAUGAUCGCGACUCUUGGCAUUCGUGGGAAGGGCGCGAGUGUCGGUGCACCUGCACCUGGAAAAAAGGUCGGUGUGGAGGCUUUCACUCAUCUGACUAUGGUCGACACUAUCUUGGUUGUCACUAGGGAGAUAGUAUUGCAAAAGAGGUAUGGUCUCUUUGACAUCAUCUCAGACGGGUAUCUGACGUAA